AUGGGCGAAGCACCCCCACCACCACCACCACGAUGGGCCAGCCGUGGGAUGGGAGUGGUAUUGGUGGCGGUCGUGCUUGCAGCACUGGUGGGCUGGACCUCUGAGCAUCCACAGGUGCAGCUCGCUUUAAUGAGGUUUUUCCGUGAUGUCAGCCGAGCCAAAGCCCACGCUCGACUCUACGGUCGCGACAACGCACUGGCCGUCAUGCUUGGCCAGGAGGAGCUCGCUGCAUCAACGUGGAGUGAGGUGCCUGACACCAGCUUCAACGAGGAAGAUCUUCAAUGGCUGAAUGGCGCUGAAAGUCGACCCGUAUAUCUGGCGUUGGCUGGUCGUGUCUAUGAUGUAACAGCUGGCCGCCACAAAUAUGGCCCGGGCGGGAGCUACCACAAGCUGGCUGGUCGUGAUGCUUCUCGCCCGCUCGCCCUGGGCUGCCUCACGGAAAGCUGUCUCACUGGUUCCCUGCAAGUGGCAGCGGCUGUCGAGGCCAGCCUCGCUGCCGAUGCCUUUGCUGAGAAGACAGCUGCUCGGUUGCGCCAUGAGUACAAGCAGCAGCGGCAACAGCGCGGAGGCACCGGCGCCUUGGUGGCCAUCAUACAGGAAACGCAGCGUGACGCAGUCAAAUUAUACCGGCGCCAGCGUCUGGACGACGUUGUCACCAUCAUCGAGGCGUUGUUUCUCCUUCUGGACGAACAAAUGUCCCUAGGUGGUCUUGAUUCCGCACCGUUGCCGCUCGAAAUGGACGCGGGGCGUCUGAUCCUUGCAUGGUGGGCAGUUUGUAUUUGUCAUGAGCAAGACCGAGAAGCAGACCAGGCCAUCUGGCAAACCAACUUCAAGGUCCGACGAUGCUCGUGA